AUGCAUCUUCCUCGUAUAAGCCUUAUGCUGCUUCAAGUACUUGCUCUACAUACUCUUGUGUUCUGCUGUCAGGCAUCCACUUUCACUGACCAGACGGACAAACAAGCGCUGCUCGAGUUUCAGUCUAACCUAUCACCAAACAGCCGAGUUUCCUUGGCGUCAUGGAAUGAGUCUUUUGAUCUCUGCAACUGGACUGGAGUUACAUGUGCUCGGAAACACAAGAGAGUCAGUGGUUUAAACCUCAGCGGGAUGAAACUAACAGGUGUUAUCUCGCCCUCUAUCGGUAACCUCUCUUUCCUCACAUCUCUUAGUCUCUCCCACAACUAUUUCCACGGUAGCAUCCCUCCUGAGGUGGGGAAGCUGUUCAGGCUUCAACACUUGAACCUGAGCAACAACGUACUCGGAGGUGGGAUUCCACUCGGCUUAUCCAACUGUUUUGCACUUUUGAACAAUCUUGAACACGAGAUUCCUUCCGAGCUAGCCUCCCUUUCUUCUCUUGUCCUUCUGUCUCUCCGUAGAAACGCCCUGACAGGGAAGUUACCUGCCUCUUUCGGGAUCCUAACGUCACUCGAGAGGCUUGAUCUCGCGUACAACCGUAUGGAAGGAGAGUAUUAUCACAAGUGGGUCAAGCCCAACUCCUGCGAAGCCCAACAUUGGUUUGAACAAAACGCAGAGCUUUGCUCUUCAGCUCCAACGGUCUUCUUCCUGCACAAGACAAAACGUUAG